GCUAGGUAUGCCAUUCCUUUUCCUCCGCUCACAUUGAAAAUGGAGGACUGGUCCUGGAUGGUACAGCAAGCUAGAGCUGGGAUGGCUAGUGCUGCUAGCUGUUGUUUCGAUGGGGUGUUGACAAGGAUGACAUCAGCACUUCUCAGCAGCUAGUACCUACAGCAGCUUAGCUGUGCCUUUGGCUGCUCAUUGAUACGGUGCAGCUCCAAGUCAGCUCACCAGCAGCUUUGUUCUACAUUAAAAUGGUACUUUGCUUAGCGGGGUAAAUUCCAGGCAGUUGAGACAAUGAGUGGGCAGACAGCUUCAGCUCACAACAGCGAAGCAUCCCAACUGGUGGUCCUCUAAGGGGGUGGUCCUGUUUUGGGGUGUCUCUUGCUGGCACCAGACGUGCUACUCGUGACGAGGCUGAACGUGGCCAUCAUUGCAGCUUUCGAAAGACUUGAAGUGCAGGUUGGCUUCUGAGGUUUGGCAGUCAGCUUAGGUGCUGUUUGCAUGUAGCAGGCAUGAACGGCCGCAGGCGCAAAGAAGGUUGGCUGUAUGUGUAUGGCAGUUUCAUACACUCGUACUAUCGCAGGCAUAGCGUUCACAAGCGAUACUUUGUGGUGGAAGAUGGCCGGGCCAUGUGUUUCAGCAGUAAACCUUCUGCAAAGUCCCAAGAGGUUCCUAUCAGAGAUGGUCGGCUAUCCCAUUAUAUGCGGAUCGAAGAGCAGGGGAGGGAAGCCAUUAGAGGGCGGGCCCUGUAUGUUUUCAGGAUCUAUGACCCCACGGACCAUGCGCGCCAGCUCAAGCUUGGGGCCAAGAGUCCUGAUGAAGCGGCUGCUUGGAUACAGGCGUUCCGAGAAGCCUCGAACCAGGCUAGCAACGAUGACGCCGAGGAGUUCAUUGCCCUCCAUGAGAAGAAGGCCUUCAAGAAGCGGCCUGCUCGCUCCAGCCUUGCGCUGCUCAGUGCCCAUGGCUCAUCGGAUGCAGACCUGGAUCAGCUUGGGACAGCCAAACCUGUGGUAAUGUGCCAGGCGCCUGCAGGCCUCCAAGACCCCUCCUCAGUGAUGGUAGCCUGGUCAGGGGUCCAGCCGGGCAAGCGCGAAAUUCCUGUGGUGUCCUCCAGCAACUGGAAGAUCAAGGAGUGCAGGAACGGCCUUCGAAUCUUCAAAGAACUGACAGAGGGUCAGCCCAAAGGGAAGUGGUGGCAGCGGCAGCCGUCCCCCCCGCCGGUGCUGAUGGCGGUGGGCGUGGUGGAGGCCAGCUGCGAGCAGGUGUUUGACGCAGUCAUGUCGCUGGGCCCCAGCCGUGGCGAGUGGGACGUGUUCUUCGCCAAGGGCCGCGUGCUGGAGCACGUGGACGGCCACACCGACAUCAUCCACAAGACCUACCGCCACGACUGCUUCCCAGGGCGGAUGCUACCUCGCGAUGUGGUGCUGACGCGAUUCUGGAGGCGUGAAGAGGAUGGGACGUAUGUAGUGCUGUACCGCUCGACCCGCCAUGACCGGUGUCCCAAGAAGAAAGGCUAUCGGAGAGCCACGGUUGGAAGUGGCGGCUUCGUGGUAUCGCCCAUUCGCGACGGCCGCCCUGGGCAGCCCGCGCGCUCGGUGGUGCGCAGCAUGCUGGAGAUCCACUGGGGCGGCUGGCUCAUGAGCACGCGCCUGCCGCUUGGGAAGAAGCUCACGCACGUCAUGCUCAACCGGGUCGCAGCGCUGCGUGAGAUGUUCGCAUCACGGGAGCCCAAACUAGAGGCUUGGGACCGCAUCUGGACGUCUUGUGAGCCACGUAAUGGCCAGCCCGACCGGCCGCGCCUCCUCCCAAUGCCACCUCCUGACAAAAGCCUGGCGCCAGAGAUUGGAAAAGAGCCCCUCGCAAGCUCUGCAUCACGGGUCGCGGCUCCCAUGGGUAGUAGCGCGACCGAGGAUGGCGGGGCGGGGCCGAAGGCGGCUGUGAGCGACAGCUUCCUGGACCCGGGCGAGGACGACGAGUUCUUCGACGCUAGGGAGGAGACCACGUGGCAGGCGCGCGAGGCGCAGGAUGCCGCGGACAAGGCCGAGGUGGAGGGAGAGGAGUCCGACAGCGACGCCGACGACGGCCUGGCCGCCAUGUGCCUGCCGCUGCCGUUCCUGAAGCAUCCCAGCGGGAGGAAGUCGCGCAAGGAGGCCGGCCCUAUGGCGUGCUUCACCCCCCGCCCCUCGUCCCCGCCGCGCGUGCCCAAGGACGAAGGCCUGUCUGCGGGGCAGCGUUUCAGCCGGUCGGUGGAGGGCCUGUCGUCGGUGCCGGAGGGCCCCGUGAGCCUGGACGCCAAGCACUCGUGGGCGUGCCCGCCCGGCAGCCUCUUCCUCAUCCGCAGCGCCUCCUACCUCAUCGACAAGAAAAAGGAGUCGGGCGGUCCCCCCCUGAUGCACCUCGUGGGCAUGGACUGGUUCCGCAGCAAGGUUCGGCAGGACCACCUUGCGGCGCGCCCCGGCUGCCUCGUACAAAAAGCGUCCGACUUUAGCCCCUUCUUCUGCGUCAUCAACCUGCAGGUGCCCGGCCGCGAGUGCUACAGCCUGUGCCUGUACUACGCGCUGCUGCAGCCGCUGGAGCAGUGGCCGCUGCUGCACCGCUUCGUCAACGACACCGACGCCUUCCGCAACAGCCGCUUCAAGCUCAUCCCCAACAUCGCACAGGGUGGCUGGCUGGUGCGCAAUGCGGUCGGCCAGCGCGCAUGCCUGGUGGGCGAGGCGCUGCGCAUCACGUACCACCGCGGGCCCAGCUACCUCGAGCUGGACAUCGACAUUGGGUCGAGCAGCGUGGCCAACGGCGUGGUGGGCUUGGUGCUGGGUUACCUAUCCAAGCUCACCGUCGACAUGGCCUUCCUCAUCCAGGCGGACACGGAGGAGGAGCUGCCGGAGCACCUGCUGGGGACCGUACGGCUGAGCCGCCUGGAAGUGGGCAAGGCUGUCCCGCCGGUGCCCGCUGUACUAUAACGACAAAAGACUCCCUCCAGAGACAGCGAUAGAGCAUCUCGGAUAGCCGAGCUGGGCCUGGGAGAUGCACCGAGAAGCGAUGCGGGGCCGACUUUGACUUCGAAGCGAACUCGCAGGUGCACACAAACGUGCAAGGAACAUUCCUUCAAGCGCCGUCAAAGCAUGGGAGGGGGGGGGAUAAAAUGAGAUCAUCAACUCGUAAGAUUAGAGUUAAGAAGUAAAGGGUCAGACGUGUACAUUAGCCUGUGUACAAUUGGAUGUCCGUGUACUUGAAUGCUCACUGAGAACCUCUUCAAUCCGACUCGCGAGCAGCUAGAAAAUGUAGGAUCACGCCUGAUUCCAAAUGCAAGUCUGUGGGCAUCACUAGGCAAAAUUGGGGUUUUGUCUGCUCUGUAGAGAUACAUGAACGUAGGAAGCUCUCUGCCUUGGACCUCCAGACAGGCCGUCUUGAUCCCCUGCUAAUCACUUCUGAAGUUUGCAUGGAAUGGUGUGUCCUCGACUAGUUGUAGCAUGCCAUAGAAGGUAUAGUAGACUCUAGAGAACUUCAAGCCGUGAAUGGCAUGCAAACAAAGUUUGAAAUCGAUUUAAUUCGCAAGGG